AUGCCUCGGUCAAGCAGGGCGUCGAAGAAGGCGGAGUUGACGGCUGCAGAGGAGCAGCUGCAGGCAACAUACGAGCGCAUGAAGAAGAUGCUCACCAACGUGACAACGACGCUGCGGAUUGGAGUGUCUGGUGCAGCGCACAAGGGCGACCAGGCAGGCCAAGGCAGUGCUGCUGGCAGUGGUAGCGGGCCAAGUAGUAGCAGCAGCAGCACCGCUGCCGCCACCAACGCAACAGGAUCUGCCACAGCGGGCGUGAAGGACGCCAAAGGCGCAAGCCCGCACAAGUCUGGGCUUCGCGCCACAACAAAAAAGUCAACUGGUAAGGAGCGCGAGUUCAAGCGGAGGAGACGGCUGUCGUCAUCACACAAGCCCGUGCCAGGCCCUGCAGCAGCAAUGGCACCUGCACAUGUCCCGCCAGCACCAUCACACAUGCCAGGGGAAGCGGCAGAGCCCAUGCCCAAACAAUCGAAGGCAGAGGCAGCGGAUUCCCUUCACAGCACCUUCGUCCGCGCUGGCAGUGCGCGACCACCCGCAUCUCCGCCAACACACCAAACGGCGGCAGCGGUCCGGUCGCCGCGACCACACGCACAGCCGGCCGGCUCGCCGCUUCGGCACCAGGGCCUCCUGCCCACACCAGGCUCCCCGCGCAGUCAGCAGCACCAGCAGCAUCAGGCGGCGACACCACCAGGGGCACUGCCUCCACAUCACACGCCACCACAAACACCACCACAAACACCACCUCAGACACCACCGCAAACACCACCUCAGACACCACCGCAAACACCACCACAGACACCACCACAGACACCACCAGAGAUGGAUGAGGGGGAGGAUGUGGCAGACCAGCCGCCACCUACCCCGCCCGUGUAAUGAACCGUGAUGCUGCUGUGGUGAUGGCGAAGUGUGAGGUGGACGUAGGCGCGUUUGAGAUGAUGUGGUUGUGCACUUGUGCGGCAAAUGCCAGUGCUUCGUGGUGUGUUUGGUGGUGGUUUGCUGAUGUACAGCGGCACCACCCUGCGCCUCUUUCGUCGUUCAACCCCAAUAGACGACUUCCUGACUGGUGUAUUUCAAAGUCCAUCGAUAGCCGCACA